AUGGAAAACUCCUCUAGGGCCCAGAAUAUCGUGCCCACGCCAGGUUUAGCCGCCCGUUCCACCGUGGAGCACGAUCGAUCGGGUCCUGCCGUCUCUCCAAUUGUUCCAGACGACGACGGUGUUGCCCAGGCCGAUCUCGAUGAUCCAGGACCUCCCCGCACGGCAGAUAUACUUGACGAGGUUUUUGAUGUCAAUAUGGACACACGAUCCGAUGACCUUGAGUCUCUGUAUGACCCAAAUCAACCUCCGGAGCUCGAUUUGCCACCGUCAAGACGCUCAAGUAUUGAUCUCGACCAAUUCCUGGAUGAUCUAUCGGAUUCAGAGAGUACUAUGGUACCUCAUCCUGAAGACGAGGCCAUCUCGGCCACCGACACAUGGCUGCCGUGGUAUCCUCUACAAAAGACAGAGCAUGUUGCCGCACUGUUGCUUUUGGGCACUGGGCGCAACUUAAUGUCCACCGCACAGUACAAAUGUAUACGGUGUAUUCUCAAGAAGGUCCUGAACGUGGAUUUGCCUGACCUCGGCCACAUCAAACAUAUUCGCACCGAGCUCAAGGAACGUCUGGGGCUUACUGUCUUAGAGAGAAUCAGUCCGCACGGAAACCCUUGCUUUACGCUCUCAGUCAAGGAUAUCAUAUCACAAGAGCUGUCUAACCCUGAAACAGGUCCCCACAUUGAGUUUAUACCGGAAAUUGACCGGGGGGUGACUGUGGACCGUUAUUCACAAUCGAAGAAGUGGCGUGAAGACCUCUCGCCAAAUCUUCGAGUACCAAUGGUCAAGGUAUAUGGAGAGCACUUUUACAUAUACGAGCCCUGCCAGCUUGAAGACUCGCGCGUAGUGGUCCCUAUAUUUUUCUAUAAAGACAACACAAUUAUACGUGCAAAAUGUUUGGAGGUUAAACCGGCUUGUUGA